AUGGAGCAAAACGAAGCCUUUCAAGAUGAGCUUUUAGCACUGGAGAGUAUAUACCCUUCGUGCCUGGUGCCUCUUUCACACGACAAUCUGACGUACACUCUGAAAAUCCCGGACACGUCUGUUUUGUUAAAUUUACAAUUUACCCCAGACUACCCGGAAAAACCACCCGUUGUGCUCCAUGCACUGGGUAUUGACAAGGCACUGGCAGAAGACGUUCUGCUGGGGGUUGCUACAGGCGAUGUAUGUGUGUUUGCGUUUAUAGACAUGCUGAAGGAAUUAGUAGAAGUGGACAAACUACCGGAAUCGCCGCAAGUAGACGACAACCAGCAAGUCGGCGUGAAAGAGUCCAGCAGGCACGAAGAACAAGAAAAGCACUCUCCAGUAAUAAACUCGACACAAUCACAUGGCGAUAAUACUAAACAACAUACAGAGGAACAUGAUGAAUGGAAGCCCAAGUUUGAUUGGAAACAAUCGGAUGCCAUUACAGACCGUAAAAGUACUUUCAUGGCAAGCGCUACUCGAAUUCACUCUGUUGAAGACGUCGAAGAUGCACUAGCUGAAUUGUAUAUGAACAAGAAAAUCGCCAAGGCUUCCCAUAACAUGUAUGCCUAUCGCUUCAUUUCCGAUCACGGCAAUGUUGUACAGGACAACGACGAUGAUGGUGAGACAGCAGCUGGCUCUCGUAUGGGUCAUCUAUUAACCAUGAUGGACGCUAAAGACGUUUUCGUCUGUGUUCAUCGCUGGUUUGGAGGUGUUCAUAUUGGGCCAGACCGUUUCAAACAUAUUAAUUCAGCUGCCCGUGAAGCAGUACUUCUUGCUGGCGCCUGUGAACAAGCAUCCUCAGAUGCUAACCAUAACGGCAAGAACCAUGACUCGAAGAAGAAAAAGAAACAUCACCGCUAA